UGGUGGAGAAACGAGUUUGAAGGGAAUGUUUCUGUCCCUCAGCGAAACAUCUCUGCCCCUACCCUUCCGAGAGCUAUUUUUAAGACAAAAUUUUCCCCAAACUGUUCCCGCUGAGUCCGGACACGCAAGCUGUGCCUAAUGGAGUCUACGUUCAGCAGCCCUGCAGAGGUGGCCCUGCAGAGGGAGGCGGGCGUCCCAGGAUUGCUCACUCCAUCUGCGGACCUCGACCGAGUGUACGAGCUGGAGAGAGUUGUUGGAUUUGUCCGAGACCGGCAAUGUCAGCGGGUGGCCUUGCAGUUCCCUGACCAACUACUGGGAGAUGCAGGAGCCGUAGCUGCACGAUUAGAAGAGACCACUGGAUCGAAGAUGUUCAUUUUAGGCGAUACCGCCUAUGGCAGCUGCUGUGUGGAUGUGCUGGGUGCCGAGCAAGCUGGAGCUCAGGCCCUUGUACACUUUGGCCCUGCCUGUUUAAGCCCUCCAGCUCGACCACUGCCUGUUGCCUUCAUCCUUGGUCAACGUUUUGUGGCUUUGGAGCUCUGUGCCAAGGCUUUUGAAGCCCAGAACCCAGACCCCACAGCACCUGUGGUACUGCUGAGCGAGCCAGCCUGUGCCCAUGCCCUGGAGGCCUUGGCCACUCUCCUGCGCCCGAAGUAUCAAGAUCUGCUUGUCUCUAGUCCAGCUCUUCAUCUGCCAGUCGAGUCUUCCAAUCCAGAGUCAGAGCCUCUGGAGUGUUUUGGGCGUCACUUUCCUCUAGCCCCAGGGAGGAGACUGGAAGAAUAUGAUGCUUUCUAUGUGGGGGGUUCUGAGGCCAACCCUGAUCUUGACCCAGACCUGAGCAGGCUGCUUUUAGGGUGGGCACCAGGGAAGCCCUUCUCUUCCUGCUGCCCAGACACAGGACAGAUACAGGAUGAGAGUGCCCGGGCUGGACGGCUAAGAGCACGAAGACGAUACCUGGUAGAGAGGGCCAGAGAUGCCCGUGUGGUAGGGCUGCUGGUGGGCACAUUGGGUGUGGCCCGACACCGUGAAGCACUGGCACACUUGAGGAACCUGACUCAGGCUGCAGGCAAACGUAGUUAUGUGUUGGCCCUGGGACGGCCCACCCCUGCCAAACUUGCCAACUUCCCUGAGAUGGAUGUCUUUGUGCUAUUGGCUUGUCCUCUGGGUGCCCUAGCCCCGUAUCCUUCUGAGAGCUUCUUCCGGCCUAUAUUGACACCAUGUGAGUUGGAGGCUGCCUGCAACCCUGCUUGGCCACCUCCAGGCCUGGCUCCAUACCUCACACAUUAUGCAGACUUGUUACCUGGCUCUCCUUUCCAUGUGCCCCUCCCACCACCUGAGUCAGAGCUGUGGGACACCCCAGAUGUGUCGCUCAUUUCUGGGGAGCUCCGACCCCCACCUUCUUGGAAGUCAUCAAAUGAUCCUGGGUGCUCUGCCCUGACCCCUCGGCCCUCACUGCAGCUGGCUGAGAGCAGCCCUGCAGCCUCAUUCCUUAAUUCCCGGAGCUGGCAGGGCCUGGAGCCAUGCCUGGGUCAGACUCCUGUGACAGAAGCUGUGAGUGGAAGACGAGGGAUUGCCAUUGCCUAUGAGAAUGAGGGAAGCAGUUGAUACUGUAGACCAGACACACAAACUUAAGAGUCUCUGUUGGGAUCUUUAAUGCUCUAAGAUCCUUGAAGGAGCCUGAAUGGAGAGAUGUCAAUGGUCCCUCAUUGAAAACAGAAUCCAUGUCCUCUUCUCCUGGUACUGAGAGGCUUAGCUCAUAUUGGCUCAGUAAAUGCGUUGUUUGAUGGGGAAAAGGGCUUAGGGAUUUCCCAGAGGCCUUCUGGGCCCAUCUAUUGUGAGCACAACAUAAGACCUUUAGCCAGUCACACACAGUUCUUCAUCUACAGGUGACCAUCUGCCCUUGUUAAGGGACAGAUGUGUUAGGUGGUUCAAAGCAAGAUUUCACAACCUAAGCACUGUUGACAUUUUAGUCUGGGUAAUGUCUCUAGACAAUGGGAAUGUCCUUUUUAGUGACAUAACCAGCAGUAGUUAUGCCUCUACUGAACUCCCACUGGUCUAGGACUACACUGUCCAGAAUAACAUUCACUAGACACAUGUGGCCAUUUUAAUUUCAAUAAAAUAUAU